CUCACGAGUUUGAUGAUUUCUGAGCCCAUGUUAAAGUUCCGAUCCAUCACCUCUCUCUUACAAGUCAAUUCACAUCAUCAGCCAUGGCCGAAGCACAAGAGGCCAAAAUCCCCGUCGCCGCGAAAGAGGCCCGGCGCCUCGUCCAGGACAUCCUCAAAGGCAACGGCGUGUCCCCAGACAAUGCGGCCACUGUAGCGCGGUGUCUCGUGGCAGCGGAUCUGCGAGGCGUCGACACGCACGGCAUGAACCGCAUCCCGUCGUACAUGGAGCGCAUCCGCCAGGGCGUUUUGGAUGCUGGAGCACAGCCCGAGCUGAAGCAGGUGACGCCUGUGGUUGCGCAGGUCGAUGGGCGCAACGGCUUUGGCUUCGUGGCCGCUCACAUGGGCAUGGCGGCGGCCAUUGAGGCGGCAAAGGUCUACGGCAUUGGGCUCGCCAGCGUCAAGCACUCGAACCACUUUGGCAUGAGCGCGUGGGUCGUGCAGCAGGCGCUGGACGCGGACAUGAUGAGCCUCGUCUUUACAAACUCGAGCCCUGCGCUGCCGGCGUGGGGGGGCCGCGAGAAGCUCAUGGGCGUGUCGCCGAUUGCGUGCGGCGCCCCGGGUAAAGGAGAGGGAGACAUGCACGACUUCAUCCUGGACAUGGCGCCGUCGGUGGCGGCCCGGGGCAAGAUUUACAAGGCAAAGCGAAGAGGCGAGAAGAUUCCGCUGGACUGGGCGCUGGAUGCCGACGGACGGCCGACGGACGACCCCGAGGCGGCGCUGGGCGGCGUGAUGCUGCCGAUGGGAGGACCAAAGGGCUCGGCGCUGGCCAUCAUGAUGGACGUCUUCUCGGGGGUGCUCUCCGGCUCUGCGUUUGCAGGGCAUGUGACGAAUCCGUACGACCCGUCGAAGCCGGCCGACGUGGGCCAUUUCCUAGUUGCCAUCAAGCCGGACCUGUUCAUGGAUCUCGCCGAGUUCCGGGAGCGCAUGCAGUAUCUGUACGAGCGGGUGGUUGGGUCGCAGAAGGCGGCGGGCGUGGAGAGGAUAUACUUUCCGGGGGAGAUUGAGCAGUUGACGCAGAGGGAGAGGGAGAGGACGGGGAUCCCGCUGGUGAGGGCCGAGAUUGAGGCGUUGAAUGAGGAGGCGCGGAGGGUUGGGGUUGCUGGGCUGGAGGUGUGAUGGGAUUGUGGUUGAUGUGAUGAAGUUGCAAGCUUUGUUGUAGACGAUAUGAUCUUGAAGUUGCUUGUGUGUAUGUAUGUUAUACGCGUGUAAGACACCACUAUUGAUUACAUGUAAGCUAGCAAUUCAUUCCCCGCAUCCC